AUGUCUAUGGUUGGCUGGCCUCUCAGUCGUAGCCUUGGUAUAGAAGAAGGAAAAUUUCGUAACCGAACCUUAACAGGAUUCAUCAAAUGUGAAUUAAAGAAAAAAAUACAAGAAUUCACAGGAAAGAGUUACAGAAAAUUUUCUAAAAUGGAAAACAUCAUUGUAAAACCUGGCAACUCAUUUCGUAAGCGAAUUUUCUCCUAUGCCCUUACUUCAUUUGCAUUCAGCUUCAUGAAUUCUGUUUUCACAUUUUACUAUGUGAAGAUUUUUCUGAAUGUUUACCGGAUUCAAGAGAAUUGGUUCCACAUUUCUCAGGUCAUCUUCAUGGUGUGGAAUGCAAUCAAUGAUCCAAUGUUUGCAUAUAUUCAAGACAAAUCGCAAUACAAGUUUGUACGAACUCGUCGUGAAAGCAUUUUAUACGCAGCUCCAUUCUUUUCUCUUUCUUUUCUCAUCCCUUGGUUUCCAUGGGCUUCUUCUUCUUGGAUUACUGGUAUUCACUUAAUCAUUUCAUUGUGCUUAUAUGAUGCCAUGUUCACUUUCAUAGGACUUGCCCAUUGUUGUCUCAACACUGAAAUGUCUCAUGAGCAAAAGGAACGUCUUCAACUCAUUCAAUUUGCUGAGCUUGCCUGUCUUUUUGGAUCAUCAUCAGUAUUUAUUUUUUUUCACAGGACCUUUAUUUCAAACUUUGCUGCCAUCAUCCUUGACCAAUUGAUCCCUGCUUCAGCCAUAUCUACAUUUACACGUAGUGUUUUUUAUGGAGCCAUUAAUAUUCUGCCACAAAUACUUGUCAUUAUUGGUGCUCCGCUGGUAGCUCACAUUGGAUACUAUUAUGUGAUUCUUGGAAAUAUUUUUUGUAAAAUUAUUUUUGGUGUGAUAAUAUUUAUUGUUGGUCCAUCACAUCCUUGGAUCUUCAUGGCUAUACUGCUGUUAGAAAGCACAUACACAUUUGCAGCAUCCUCUCUAUUUAACAUGCCACUUUCUGAUAUUGCUGAUGAAAAUGCCCUGAAAUAUAACCGUCAGCAACCAAUUUCUUCGAUGAUAUAUGGUACUAAUGCAUUGGUUGUGAAACCUGCUAUCUCACUGUCACCAAUGUUGGUUGAAUUUUUAGGAUUUUAUUUCUUCUUAAUUUGUAUGUAUGACUAA